AAACUGAAAGCGGUCUUGCACUCUUGAAGACUCAACACAAUAGAGAGAAUAUGCUGUGCCGCUCGACUAGAUAACGCGCGCCCGAUGAUGCUUCACCUCAGUCCACAAGCCCACCAUGUCUUUCUCCUCGCCUUUCGCUGCAUCGACCGCCAAAGCAGGCCAUGGCUCCAUUAAGCUGUCGAUACUACCGCCCGACACGCCCGUUCUGCGCGAUGUCUCUUACCAAUAUCCGCUCAAGCUCGUGGCACCUGAUCCUCUGCCUCCGUCUGAAGACAAAAGCAACGGCCAUGCCCCGCGUCUCGUACAUACAGUAUUCCUUCUCACAUAUGGCGGGGGUAUAGUAGCUGGCGAUGCCAUUGACUUAUCCGUGAGUCUCGAGGACAGGACGAGGCUGGUCCUGCUCACACAGGGCUCAACCAAGAUUUUCAAGACGCCAGACCCAAGCCUGGUUUCCAGGCAGCACAUGGAAGUAACGCUAGCUGCCGGCGCUGCACUGGUCUAUCUGCCGGACCCCGUGCAGCCAUUCGCGCAGACGGCCUUCUCACAGUCGCAGAUCUAUCACAUAGACGGCGAGAAAAGCAGCCUCUGCGCCUGCGACUGGGUGACCAGCGGGCGUUCAGCGCGCGGAGAGAAUUGGGACAUUCACGAGUACAAGAGUAGGAACGAGGUGUGGGCUAGCGAUAAAUCAGGAAAGAAGAGAUUGCUACUGCGGGACAAUCUGAUACUGGAUAAGCAUGGGCGGACUGGCAUGCAACUUGCGGAAAGAAUGGAUGGCUACUCGGUGUUUGGCACGCUCAUCCUCCGUGGGCCUGCGUUCUCAUCGUUGGCACAAUACUUCAUGGUCGAAUUCGAGGCUCUGCCUCGCAUUGGCGGCAGGGAUUGGGGAGAUUCGGCACCGCUGGAACUAUUGCCACAUGAGCAGCGCCGUGUGCAGAGACAGAUCCGAGAGAAGAGAGAUGGCCUGGUUUGGAGCGCAGCGAAUGUACGGGGGUUUGUUUUGGUCAAGUUCGCCAGCAGAGAAGUUGAAGGAUCGCGCAACUUUUUGAGGGAUAUGAUCGCGAAUGAGGGCUCGGUAGCUACAUCCUUUGGCGAGAGAGCGCUGCUAUGCUUGAAAUAGACUCAU